AUGCCCACCCCCGAGUCCGCGGCCUUCCUGGCCAAGAAACCCAAGGUCCCUCCUACCUUUGACGGCGUCGACUACGAUGACAACAAAGCAUUGAAGGCUGCACAGGACGCUAUUGUCCGCGAACAAUGGGUGCAGGUCAUGAUGGGACGACUGGUGCGGGAGGAGCUCAGCAAAUGCUACUACCGGGAGGGAGUCAACCAUCUCGAGAAGUGCGGUCAUCUCAGAGAAAAGUAUCUCUCGAUGCUCGGGACUCACCGAGUGCGUGGAUACCUCUUUGAGCAACAGAACUACCUUGACGCGCGACAGCUGCACCAGCCGGUCGAGCCGAAGAAGCAAUGA